AUGUCUCAGACGUCUACUUUUGUGAAGAAAUUGGCCGCAAAUGACCGUCCUACCAGAGAGGCUGCAUUUGAAGCUUUGAAGAAAUUUCUUUCCCUGAAACAACAAACUCAAAAGAUGAGUUUGUUGGAAAUGGAGAAAUUAUGGAAGGGUCUUUAUUAUUCUAUGUGGUUCUGUGACAGACCACGUCCUCAAGAACGUUUAGCCGAGAAGUUGGGACAAUUGUUUUCUAGUGUUGUACCUGUCGGGGCCUUUUGUUCCUUUGUGGAGGCCUUUUGGGUUGUGAUGAUCAAGGAAUGGCCAAAUGUAGACCAAUGGAGAGUUGAUAAAUAUUAUUUAUUAAUCAGAAGAGUUGUUAGACAUUGUUUCAUCAACUUGCAAAAGAAGGAAUGGGAUGAAGAGUUGGUUGCUAACUAUAACAAGGCACUUACUAAAUUACCAUUGAGUGGUGAUAAAUCUGUUAGUAUGGCACUUCCAUAUCAUUUAUGUGAUAUCUAUGUGGAAGAAUUAGAACAUAUUAUGUUCAAAGACCUUAAGGAAGAAGAAGAUGACUUGGAAGAAGGUGACACUGAAGCAUAUCAAGAACUUUUCGCUAAGAAGCUUGCUAUUGUAGGAGAAACACCAAUUUUGAAAUUAUUGGAACCAUUUGAACAAUUAAGUACUAGUGCAUUAUUGAAGACUUUGAGAGAAAAAUGUAAGGAAGAAGUCUUGACUGACUCAAGAUUAAAGGACUGGGGCGUCAUUGGAUCUGAUAGUGAUGAUGAAGAUGAUGAAGAGAAGAAGGAUGGUGAAGAUGAAGAUAGUGAUGAUGAAUGGAAUGGGUUUGCUUAA